AUGAGGCACGGCCUAGCCGUGCUGCUGGCGGCCUCGGGCAUCGACUCCAUGGCCCACAGUGGGAGCCCAGCGCGGGCCGCCACCUGCCAACUGCCCCCCGGACCAGACCCACGCAGCAACGGCGGCGGUGGAGCGGGGCGCAUGCCCUCGCCCGAGGAGACGGAGGAGGAGGCGAUCGCUGGUGCCCCCGGGGACGAGACGGAGGAUUGCAGGGCCAGGGUUCUGCUCAAGCAAGAAAAGAGAAAGCAAAAGGAAUAUUUUGAAAAGAAAAGGUUCAAAUCAAAAAUGAAAUUACUGGGAGUUUUAUCACCUGUCAAAAAUUCCACUGUCAGUUUAGACCUCCUUAACCUAUAUGUGGUAAAUCAGAUCUCUUGCCAGAAGAAAACACCUGAAACUAUGAGAAAACCAAUCCAUGUGAAUAUGAAUAGAGACAUAAAAAUGCCCCUAAAAAAGCAUGAUUUAGAACUUCCGAUGUCGCCUUCCUGUGUACCAUCUAAACUCUGCAUUGAUGAUCUAGAAAGCAGUAUGCACCAUCAAAGACUGGGAAGCAAGGAAGAACUGGGCCCGGUUCAGUUGUCACAAGUCAUGGACUCAUAUAGAAUUUUUGAACCUCAGUUCAACAGAGUAGAAAACUGCAGUUUCACACCAUCAUCUUUUUCUGCAGAAUUAUCUUCUAACAGAAAUGUUACAAAACAAAAUUUCGUCCCCAGAAUAGCACCUAGUCCUCAGAAAGUUGCAUAUGAAAAAAUACAGAAUGAGCAGCUCAGUAAUGUCAAUUAUUCUAAUUGCUUGUUUUCCAAAUUAAAUGAAAGUCAAGAUGCUCUUAGUUCAUCAUAUAAAACAGCAAAAAUUGGAACAUUAUUUGAAAGAUUAAGCAGUCCAGGAAAUAGGAGUGUCUUUGCUGGAAGCCCUGCUAUAGUGAUGGGUGAAGAUUGUGGAAGCAUGGAUGAGAGAAGACACUCAGAUUUCAUUACUGAAAAACAAUCAGUACAACAUAUUUGGGGAGAAAAUAAAGAAGAGGUGUCAAAUUUCCUUGAGGAUGUGAACCAGCCAACCCCCAGUCUUCUGCCAGAGAAUUUUGAGUCUUUUAUUAACGAAAAUGCGAUCAAUUUAUUAAGCAUAGAUCAACAGAGGAUAACAAAACCAUUUGAAAAUUGUGGUUAUGACAGUAUGGGUAUCACCAAUUCUGAUAAAAAUCAUCCCUCUGACAGAUGCAUUUUUAGAAAUCCAGGGUUGAAUUUUAGUAGUUCUAACUUUAAUAAAACAAGUUAUUCAGAAAAGUGUCAGCCAAAGAAGAACUAUCAGAAAGAAUACAACAAUAAUGAAGGAAAUAAUCCUAGUACAUCUUUUGAGAAGAAUUGUUAUCCAGCCAGCGCUGAAAAGAAAGGAAAAUUUGUAAAGGACUACCAAAAGAAGAAACGACAGAUAGAAAUCCAGAAAUAUCCAGUGAACAAUAUGAGUAUUCCUUUGGAGGAAUUGAAUUCUAAGAAAUCAUGGGACUUUGGACUUAGUGAGAAUCUGAUUGAAGAAGGAGGAACAUGUUCUAUAAAAGGUGCACCAAAAUCUACAAAGAAAAUCUUUAACAAUAAUGAUUCUUCACAGAGUAGUCUGUCUUCCAGUUACUCUCCAAGGGCAACAGAUAGUUGUUUCAGUUCUAGUUCAGAGAUGCCAUCUGAUGAUGAAGAUCAAACAUUGCAGAAAAUUGAAGAUUCAAGUAGGAGAUCCAUCAAAACUGAAGAAACAACUAAUAAUUUUUAUUUAGAAAGGAUGGCAGAAUUUCCACGUGAUAGGAUUGUUAAAAACAAUGACAAAAUUCAUAAACAAACUGAAAGUUUUCACCAGGUCUCAAUGAAAAAUAACACAGAUCAGUCUGCACAGUCUCAGCAUAAUUCAACACAUGUAUUACAAAACCAAACCAGUAAUAACUGCACUGUACAGUUUGUGAGAUGUGAUGCCUGGGUACAAACAGAGAGUGAACCUGUAAUGAAAGAAAGAUUAGAUGCUGCCAUACAGUGUGAUAUAAUUUCACAGUGUAAGUGUAGAAGUAAUGAGUCUUCUCUUUGUAAUGUUGAAAGGUGCAGUGAAAACAUUAAGGCAGAUACCACUGGAGGGCAGGAAAUCCUUAAGAACAACUGA